CGUAACCUGGGACACCGAUCAACCGACCUGCCGCGCACAACGCUGCUACACUUUCGCUAUCAAAUUGCAUCAUUCAAAAACUUCGCCGAGGGAGCAGCCCAAGAACGAGCAUCAUCAGGAAGAAGGAUAUAACAAAGCACGCAGUUGCUAAGCGCAAGUAUUUCCCUCUGUUUCGUCAGCACGCACGCCCGCACGGGCAGUGGCCGUGUUUUGCUGUGACGUCAUCAGCAUAAUUGUGAAGAGUUCGGAAAAGGCCGGGGAAAGGUGGUAGGAGGGAGGUCUCACAAUCGUACGAUGCGGAAAGCUCGUCGCUGAUUGGUCGAGGGCGAGUGAUCUGAUGAUGUUUUCAUUGGCCGAGGUCCACGCGCCAGCGAGCAUGAUGUUGUCGUCGUCGUAGUUUCGUAGGAGUGUGGUUGCGCGAGAUGAUGUGGUGUGUAGAACGUAUGUUUGACCUUCGUCUGAACGAGCGAGCUGCAAGUGUACAGAAGUUGUUUUGAAACAUUGACUAGAAAAGAUACAUUUUCGCCAAAGAAGCCCGGGGAAAAGCUGUCGCGGUUUGUGUGAGGAUUGCCUGGCGUGACAUAAAAGGGAACGCGGAGUCCCUGCUGGUUCCACGCGCGGCGCGGCGCGGCUGGUACCGUCAACAGCGAUAGCGACCAACGACCAGCACCAUGGAUCAGGACCGAACGUGGAGUGAUCCGUUCCAGUCGCCGGGGAUGUUCUAUCCCAACUCGGUGUACAAAGAGGACGAGCUGGACAUGAACGACAUCAGUGAUAUCGGCGACAUCACGGAUAUGUAUCAACUGAACGAGGAGAAGCUACUGAACAUGAUGGGCGAGGACUUUCUGAGCAACUACAGCUGGGACGAACCGAUGGGCGAUACAACGGCGAAUCCCCCCGCCAACAGCAACAACAGCAGCAGCACUAGUGGCAGCAGCAGCAGCACUGCUGCUGCUGCUGCUGCUGCUGCUGCUGCUGCUGCUGCACCGGCUCCCUCCGAUUCCAUAAAGGAGGAAGAGUUCGGGAAGGUAGAAGUGACGACCACCAUUCCGGGCGGUGCAUUCCAACCUGCUGCACCGAACAGUGAACUCACCUUUCUGUCCCUGACCCCCGAACCGGUGCUGGUUAAAAACGAACCGGUUCCGCGGGAGGAAACGCUGACCAACCUGAAGGCCCAUCGUGUACCAAUGCUGCAACAACAUGCAAGGCAGCUCCAGCAGCAGCAACCGAUUCUGCCUGCCGCCACCGCCGCCACCACCACCACUACCAGCCCCACUACUACCCUGCAGCCAAUUGCGCCACAUUUGUUGGAAACGCAGCAGCAACAGCAACAGGUUCAGGUGCAGUCCGCAUUGACGAACCACCAUGUGGCCACUGGUACACCGGUCAUUUUGACACAAAACCGACCGACCAUCGCACCGGCACCGCCAGCCGCCGCCGGUACGGCAGGCAAUGCACCGCAAACGAUCCUAGUGCACAGUGCCCGGCCGGCAACCAUCGGGCACCAUCAUCCGUACGCGAAAAAGAUUGCCCCGGCGACCGCUCAGACACUGCUGACGACGAAUGGUAUGGCGAACGUGCGCGUACAGAACCUGCUCGCCACGGGCAACGGUCAACCGCUCGGUGUGGCGGCGGGCUGUGGCAUGCAGCAGCUGUUUGCACUGCAAACGGGCGACAAACCGCCAGUGUUCCUGCAGACCAACACACCCCUCAUCUACACGAACGCGCACACGCUGACGGCGGCUGCCACGACGACAGCCGUUGCUACGGCCAGCGGUGACACGGUGACGGUAAACCCGGCAAACCCGGCGAACCUGCACACGCUGGUGAACACGUUGAGUGGGCCUAUUUUAACGGCCGGCAUUCCGGUCAUGCUGGAUGCCCCACCACAGCCCCAGACGGCGCCUGUCCUGCCAGCAGCCACGGGCGAUGGCCGUGUGCCCAAGAUGCAGCUAAACCGGCUGCAACCGGCCGUCCCGAAGGUGAAGGAAGUGAAGCGGUCGGCACACAACGCGAUCGAGCGCCGGUACCGCACCUCCAUCAACAGCUGCAUAGUCGAGCUGAAGAACAUGGUGGUCGGCGUGGACGCGAAACUCAACAAGUCGGCGAUCCUGCGCAAAGCGAUCGAUCACAUUCGCCACCUGCAGAAGCAGAACCAUGCGCUCAAGCAGGAAAACAUGGCAUUCAAACUGCGCCUGUCAUCGGAUCAAAAGCAAUCGCUCAAGGAUCUGCUGGUUGCGGCGAACGGUAGCGGUGGAGAUCUGCUGACCGGCCCGAUCACACCGCCCCGCAGCGACGAAUCGAACCCGUCGUCGUCGCCGGCCCACUCGGACUCCAACUCGAUGCCACCGUCACCGUACGGUGGUAGCGGGACGCACUCGUCCGGUUCGCCGAUCAGCGACGAGCUACUGGACGACGAACUGCUACAGCUGUCCGGUGGGUUACCGAUGGGCAUGUCACCGCACGCCCGGCUCACCCUCUGCAUGGUUAUGCUGACUGUGUUCGUGGUGAACCCGUUUGCCAGCCUGCUCUCGCUGACCGCACCGCUGCCGGGCGACACCGAGGGCGGUCCGACCGGGCGUCGGAUACUGGCGUUCGAGGAAUCGUUCUCCUGGUCACGGUUCUCCUCCUCGUUGCUGUUACUGCUGGUCAACUUUCUCUUUCUCGCCGGCUGCCUAGUGCGGAUGCUGGUGUACGGCGAUCCAAUCCUGUGGCCGCGCACGACCGCAUCCAACGACUACUGGCAGCACAAGCGCCAGUCCGACCUCGAGUUCAAGCGGGGCAAUGCGACCGAAGCGUACCGCGAGGCAAAGCGGUGCCUGCACGCGUUCGGUCUCUCGCUACCGUCGACCCGUCUCGAGUGCCUGUCAGCUACCGGGUGGCAGUUUGUGCGGAUGUUUUUCCACCGGCUGUACAUUGGCCGCUGGUUAUCGCGCCGCACCGGUGGUCUGUUUAAGCCGGAAGCCCAGCGACGCCACGCACUGCACUCGGCCCGCGAACUAGCGCUCCUGUACCAUCGGUUGAACCAGCUGCAUCUUGUCACCGAUCAGCCGGACGCGAAUGGGCUCAUGAUGAGCCUGUGCGCGGUCAACAUGGCGGAAGCGUCCGCGUCGGUCCUCUCCAUCGACGACACGAUCGAGAUCUAUUUGCUGGCAGCGUUGCGCGUCAAGCGGAGCUACCCGCGGCUGCUGCACUACUUCUGCCGGUACUACCUGGCCAAGGCGCGGCAGCUGGCCAGCGAUCAGGCGGGUAGUGCGCGGUUCGGUUGGCUGUUCACCGCCUACGGUUUCCAGUUCGUGACGGAGCAUCAGUUCCGGUACGAGGAGCGAGCCGAGCAGCACGAAUCGAGUGCCGCACCCUUCACCCGGCUCUGCAACCGGGCCGAUCCGAUCGAGUACGUGAUGCGCUCGUACCGGUUGCACUUGUUGCAGCGGGCGCUGCAGGGGCUCGUCGGUUCCGAUCCGGCCGGUGUGCGCACACAAUCGAGUGCCCGCGGUGCCGGUCUCGAGCUCGUUAAGGAUCGGAGCAAGGAGCACGGUGGCAAGUUGGUCGAUCCAGAUGGGGAUGGUGGGGUAACGGGGGCGGGUACCGGUGCCGGUGGAGCAGCUGAUGACGACAAAGCGGCCUCGCCGGCAAGCGUUGCCGCCGACUCCACCGCCGCAUCUACCUCGUCCGCAUCGUUGUCAUCGGCUUCGUCUUCGUCGUCGUCGUCGUCGUCGGAGGCUAGCAGCCUGAACAGUGAGAUCCUGCACCUGACGGCCCUGCUCAAGGAUACGCUCGUGCGUGCCGAGAAGCCGAUCGCCUUCUCGGCCUGUCACGUCCACGGAACAGAUUGCCUCGAUCAGCUGGCCCACUGGUGGUCGAAUCUGCUGAGUGUGGCCGCCUACUGGCUGCUCGGUGAGGAGGGCGAUGAGCUUGUCGAAUCGCUGUACGCCCAGGUCGAGAGCUUUCCGCUGGAGCUGCAGAACUGUAAGGAUCCGCUUCCGCGUGCCCUGCUCGUUGCAUUCCAUGCUAAACGUGGCCUGAUUACGAAGGCGGACGAGUGUUGGUCCAUCCUGGAGGACUGCAACGAGAGCAGCCGCUACCUGGAGGAUAGCCUGACCGGCAAUCUUUGCAAAACGCCCAGCCGUCUUAAGCUUCUUGCACAGCUGCUGGCAUGCGAUUGGUUGCUCGAGUGCCGGACAACGCUGUGGGAGCUGGAGACGGAUAUGCGCUACACGUCGCUACAGGACCAGCCACCCCGCACCAUGCCCGGUCCGGUGCUAGCCGCCUUCCAGACCGACCUAAACCUGCUCCGGCUGGUGACGAGCAAGUUUCCGUUGGCCCAGUCGCGCGUGUACCUGUACGAGGCGAUCUGCCGGUUGAUGGCCGGUGCGGCGCCCGGUCCCACCCAGCAGCUGCUGGAUCGGAGCCUGCGCCAGCGCAACUGCCGCUCGUCGAUGAUCUGCGGCAAGGAUCGGUCCGGGCAGCUCGAAGGUGGCCGAGAGCGGGCCGCCGCCCUGUACGUCGCCUGUAAGCACCUGCCCGCCCCCUGCCUGUCGUCGCCCGGUGAGCGGGCCGGCAUGCUCGAGGAGGCGGCCAAAACGCUCGAGCGUAUCGGCGACAAGAAGCGGCUGCAGCAGUGCUACAAACUGAUGAAGUCGCUCAGCAAUGGCAGCGUGACGAAUUAAAGGGCCGACUGCCCCUCGGUAGCUGUCGGUAGAUUUUCACCUUAUCGGUUUAACAUAUUUAUGUUCCGCUUGCUCAAAGGGGAGCGCAUUGUGCGGUUUGGGGAGUACGUUCGGAGGAACACAUUAUGUUUUAUAUUAGGUGUGUGCAACUAAGUAACGCACGUUUGGUUUUUGUGGGGGUUUUUUUUUUUGAGCAAAGGAAUUUCUUUUUACAAUUUGUUUUCUUUCAAAAGCAUCAUGUAUCGCCUGGUAACUCAACAUUAAGAAAAGGGGAAACAAAUAAACAAAUCACCAUUGUGUGGAUAGUUUUUAUUUACCGUAAGCCCUAGUUAGAUUGGAUUACAUUUGUUCGAAUCCAGCUCGACACUCCGCUAGCGGAGCUAAACAGUUAAACGGCGGUUACUUAGUUGCAAAACCCAAUAGGCCCCUUUCGGUUUAGCGCAGUUUGAUCAGUAGUUAUCAGUAGCGUUGUGGAAAGCGGUUUUUCUUUUGUUUAGGAAACACGCAUGUUUUAUGUUUAAUACUCGUUUGUUUAGCAAACGCGCUUUGUAUAUUUGGUUGCUUAGUUGAUUACAUUAGUAAUACCAUUCGUGUAUCGUGGCGUCAGCAUUAGCGGUCCUAAUUUCAUGUGCUGCAAGCUAUGCAACGAUUAUGCUGCUAAUUGGCUAGCUUGCCAUGAAAAUGUUUAGAAUUACCAAACACAACGAUCAAAUCGGCCGAGAGCGAGACCGUUUCGUUUACGUAAAUUGCCUGUGUCUGACUAUUUGCUAGCUGGAUAUGGUUUUUCCUGUGAGGUUCCUGUUGCUGCAAGCUGCAUCCAACUAUGGACGAUUGUGUGUUAUUCUAUCCAACUUGCACUUCCUUUCUCAAACUCGACCACAACCCUUUAGCAAUUAACCACUCGCCUCUAUGUAAAACUCACACAUAUAGACACACUCACUUAUGAAAGUAAACUGAAAAUCGUAAAAAAUUAAGGAAAUAAAAAUGACGUUACGCGGUAA